GCCUGCGCCCUGGGACCCAAGUUGGGGCGCGCCUUGGCUAGAACGUGGAGAGCGGCGGGCAGUGCAGCCAAUGGGAGGCGGCGUUGGCUAGCGGCUGGGAGGCGGGGCCUGCGCGGGUGUUAGGUUAGCGCGAGGCGUGACCUAGUUGACAGGCUCUGAGGUGCUGCUGUGGCGGCGGCCGCGGGGCUGAGGCGGGUGGGAGCCGGAGCCAAGCGCGGGCUGAGGGAGGAGGGCGGCGACUGGAGAGCGGCGAGCGGCGAGCAGCGCAGGACGCGGAGCCUUUUUCACUUUUUCCCUCCCGAGUGCCCCUUCCGCCCCUCCCACUCCACACACCCUGUUUGCCCGUGAGCCUGGGGAACUUGCAGCUUAAAGCCAGCCACCCCCACGGCAACAUGUACCCCAGCAACAAGAAGAAAAAGGUGUGGAGAGAGGAGAAAGAACGUUUACUGAAGAUGACCGUAGAGGAGAGGCGCAAAGAAUACCUAAGAGACUAUGUUCCCCUGAACAUCAUUCUGUCAUGGAAGGAGGAGGUGAAGGGCAAGAGCCAAAAUGAUGAAGAAAAUACUCAGGAAACAUCCCAGAUGAAGAAAAGUUUGGCAGAAAAAGUUUCUCUCUAUAGAGGUGACAUCACAUUGCUAGAGGUAGAUGCUAUAGUCAAUGCGGCAAAUGCCAGUCUUCUUGGAGGAGGGGGUGUGGAUGGCUGUAUUCAUAGAGCGGCUGGCCCUUGUUUGCUAGCUGAAUGCCGUAACCUGAAUGGCUGUGAUACUGGACAUGCAAAAAUCACGUGUGGCUACGACCUGCCUGCAAAAUAUGUCAUCCAUACUGUAGGACCAAUAGCCAGAGGCCAUAUUAAUGGUUCCCACAAGGAAGACCUUGCAAAUUGCUAUAAAUCAUCUCUGAAGCUGGUGAAAGAGAAUAACAUCCGAUCAGUUGCAUUUCCCUGCAUCUCAACAGGCAUUUAUGGCUUUCCCAACGAGCCUGCUGCCGUCAUUGCCCUCAGCACCAUUAAGGAAUGGCUUGCCAAGAAUCACCAUGAGGUGGAUCGGAUCAUUUUCUGUGUCUUCUUAGAAGUUGACUUCAAAAUCUACAAAAAGAAAAUGAAUGAGUUUUUCUCUGUAGAUGAUAAUGAAGAGGAGGAGGAUGUUGAAAUGAAAGAAGAUUCAGAGGGGUUAGAGCCAAAAGGCCUCUCUCCACCCCACAAGAAGAGCAAAGCAAAGAAGCCAGAAUGUUUGAAAGACUCUAGUGAGGAUGAGAAUGGUCCAGAGGAAAAGCAAAGCAUGGAAGAAAUGGAAGGGCAGAGCGGAGAAACAGAUGGUGUCAACACUGUCACUGUGCCUGGUCCCGCUUCAGAAGAGGCAGUUGAAGGCUGUAAAGAUGAAGAUUCUGCAAAGGAUGACAAUACUAUAAAAGGCGGCGAAGUGACAGAUCAUUCUGUGUGUAAACAAGAUCGUCCUGAUGGGCAAGAGAAUGAUUCAACGAAGAAUGAAAUAAAAAUUGAAACAGAGCCCCAGAACUCAUAUAUGGAAACGGAAGAACUUUCAUCGCAAGAAGAUGCCGUGAUUGUGGAGCAACCUCAAGUGAUUCCACUAACAGAUGACCAAGAAGAAACUGAAGGUCAAAAAGCUCUAGGCAAGGACACACCUAGACUGCUUGGGAAAAGUGAAGAAGGCUCCAGUGACCUAGAAAACACUCCAGGUCCUGAUGUUGAAAUGAAUACUCAGGUUGACAAUGUAGAAGACCCAACAGAGAGUCAACAAGAAGAUCAACUAAUAGGGGCACAAGAUGAAACCAAGGAACAAAGAAAUGGAACUAAAUGACAAUCCUCAGCAUCUCAAGGCCUCUCCUGGCUCUGGGGGAGUUCGGGAAGACAGCAGCACACGCUGUGGAGGAGGGUGGGGGUGGGGGGAAGGCAAGUCCCACGGAAGGAUGGGGAAUCCUUUGCUCUAAUUUCUCCAGCUGCAUUAUGUUUCGUUUAUCUGCAGAAAAAGAAAGAAAAAAAAAAAUGAAAAAAAAAAUGUUUCCUUUAAUUUGGUGGAGGGACCCAUGUUAACGCAUCUUUCAGGCAUUAUCCUUGUCAUUUCUGUCUUUUCUCUUACAACUUGGCC